AAAUCACCUGACAGCGUGCGUGGCCAGCUGGAGCUUAACGGUGACCGAGAAGCUAGAAGUAGAGGAAUCGUCUGCAUGCUAAGAGUCUAUUAAAGUUUUGAACUUCAAAGUUCAGUUGCUUGAAGGGGUUAGAUAGAUUAGAAGUCUACAUGGUAUUUGCAGAGUGAAAUCAACAUCCACAACAGAAACAUUUAAAAAACGCAGCGAGUAAAAGAAUUGAAGAGCCGCUGAAAAUUCAAAAUGCAUCCCAGUUUUAAGAAAAAGCCUGUCGUGCAACUCGUCUGUCGGUUCUGCAACUCUUGUAUCUGCAAACGUGGAAUGAAAGCCGUUCUCCUUGCCGACACGAACAUGGAACUGUAUUCAACUGAUGCCCCAUGCGUUGGAAAAAUAAGUAAUGUGGGCAGGCCUUACUCAACAGGGAAAUGUGAAUGUAGAAUAUCUGAUACAGCAUGUAAUCACUGUGGGAACAAUGUUGGAUACACAAUACUUAUUCCAUGUGUGCCAUGUCUUCAGUCUUGUAACAAUGGUCAUUUAUGGAUCUUUAACAGUACUGUAGUAUGGGCAGAGGGAAAGCUAGAUAAAUCAGGAAGUGAUGUGUUGAGGUGGGACAGUUUGCCAGAAUGUCCAGAUGAUGACAACAGCCAAGAUUCUUUCCUUGAAGAUAUGGAUGAUAUUGAGUGUAUCCGGUGAUCUGUAGUCCAAGAUUAUGAAAAUUAAAUCAGCAGCUGCAUAAUGUUUGAUCAAAAUUGAAUGAAACUUCUCUUGAUCACUCUUAUUCAAAACUCCAAUUUAAUUGAACAUGAUUUACCCAAAAGAUUAGCCCUGGAUUGAGCCAAAUGAUUAAACUUGAGUAUAAUAAACAGAUUUAUGAUUUAUCCUGGGUUUGGAUAGUAAAUCAUAAUCUCUAUGUUAACCAGUUACCAGUUAACUUUUUGGUACAUGCUUGUUGACACAUACACAAAAAAAGCUUUUAAACAAUAGUACAAAUAAAGAAAACAUGAUUUUUAAGGAUUUGUGACUUUGUGUCAUAUUGGCAUCACAUUGAAACCAUAAUGACCAAACUGGAAUUGGAAUAUGAGCAUAUAUGUGUGCAUAUUGAUGGCAGGUAAAGCAUCUCUUAUCUACCCAGACACCCACUUGUAGGCAAAUAGUAGAGUGUAUGAUGCCAUGAUGACAGGAGUUCUGACACUAUAAAGUGAAUGAAAGGCUUAAGCACAUCUUCUAAUUCAGAGUUUAAUGCAUUGCAAAAUGUUCAGUCAAUGGCAAUGCCCAUUAACACAUACACACAUUUAGCAUGAAAGCUUUUAAGUGAUGGAGGAAGUUAUACACCUUCAUUUGUUUCAUUUUCCAUGUUGGUUUCAGUAUUUUGCUUUUCACUUUGUUAAGUAUAUAGUAUAAUGCCCCAUUUACAUUUGGUCUAUGAUUAUUGUAGGGUGCCUGUAGGGUGAUGCAUAUCAUACAAUCUCCUGAGGGUGGGGUAUGAUGAUCAUGAGACUUUCUUAUUGAGUCAUGAUUUUCAGAUUUUUUUCAGCUGAGAGUUCUAUAAAUAUUCGAAAUCGUAAGAUUGUACAUGUAGCCCUGAAACACAUUGUAGUCUUUGGCCCUAUACAAUGUCCAGCUUAUGAAAUCACAUGCUAAAAGUAAAUAAUGUAAACAUAAAAACUAUAGCCCUUGGCCAACUACAAUGCAAAAAAAUAUUGUAAAUUAUACAACACAUGGAUAGAUCCUUGACAGCUGAUUGGAUGAAAGCGUGUCACAUGACAUUCAGAUGAAUCAGCUAUAGCACGCUAAGAUAUGCUAGCCGUGCUAUAGUCGACUAUUGCACACUCGUGCUAUGGUCGACUAUAGCACGCUGAUCGAAGUAAAUGAGCCAGCACUGCAAGAUCCCUUGGCACUCUGAACCCAUGGACAUGCCCCGUACACGUUAAGCAAAUUAGCGGUAUACGCGCAUAAUCACGUUUUCGUUUCUCUGACCGAUGUACGUAGCACUGCGCAUACACGUUGCUAAGCUGAACACAAUGCGCGUAUUUACGUUGCUAAGCUAAUUAUUCCCAGGGUACGCUGAAACUUGGAUUUCCUUCUGGAUUUUAUGGAAUUCGUUCACAAAUUGGACUUCAUGGAUCAAUGACUUUAUGGAUCUAUGUUGAAAGUACUUGAUUCUCCUUGGAUUACUGGAGUAAAUCUACUCGACGAUCAAAAGACAACAUUGUAAGCAAAAUAAGACCUAACGCGCGUUAGUCAUAGACUAGACCUAUAGAUCUAGCCUAUCUAGAUCUAGUCUAAACUGUAAGCUAUCGGUGUUGUAUAAAACAAAUAUUCAAUGUUGUAUUCGUGCGACGUUCCGAAUAUUACAUUCGUUGCAAGUUGAAAAAGUCUAUUCAACUCCGCUUCGCGUCGUUGAAUAGACUGUUUCAACUUGCACACUCAUGCAAUAUUCGGAACGAUCGCACUCAUCAACAUUGAAUAUUUGUAUACUAUUCCAUUAUAUGAUGAUCAUACAUGUACAUGAAGCUAAUGUAAAUGAGUCAUUAUAUUCAGGAGAUUCAAGCUGUUAAGGUCGUAUCAAUGAAUAAAUUUAACAAUUUACAUGUAUGAUGAAGUUAAUUUUGUACAUAGCCAGCAGAGAAAUAGUAACAAGAUUUACAUAGAAAUUCCACUUGACUUCAAUUUAAAAGCAAUGUGUGAAUUUAUUUUUGUAAAAUGUGUAAUUCUAGCAGAGCCUUCUAAUCUUUGAACAGCAAUAUAAGGAGAAUAUCAAAUUUUUGUGUGAUUUAUUUACAUAAAUUUAUUCAGGUCAUGGUGUAAAGUGAAGUUGGGUUAGUCUAGUACAGUAAUUGUAGUUAACUUCUUUUCUCAACCUCUGUUCUGCAAUUUAAUUGAAUGUUCACUUGUUAACAAGUUUUUCUUGAUUUGUCCAAGAUAUCAUAUUAAUUGUAUGAUUGAGGUUAAGUUUUAACUAGGUUGUAUGUGUUAAUGCAUUAUUAAUUUUAUGAUUUUUUUAAGGCCACUUCAUUGCAAAAUGAAUAUGAUCAAUUGGUCAGGAUAAUGUAGGAGCUGUGAGAUCCUUCACAAUGGAUUUAAGAGCUUUUAUUACUAUUGUAAUAUUGUAGGAAUAGAGACCUGGCUUAUCAGAAGCAAAAAUUUAAAUUGAUAACUGAUAAUGUGCACCAAAGGAAAGCUGAUAUUACAACUGUACCAGUUUCAUGCAAGCACAGACACAUCACCCCGAUAUUUAAAACUCUUCACUGGUAGCCCAGGAAGGAAUGCAGUCUUUAAAAUCCUUCUUUUGAUCUUUCGCAAUGGAACGUCCCCCACUUACAAUAAGUCUUUGAUACAUGUAGCUUCCAACCCCCCGAGAACCUUACGAUCCUCAUCUAAUCUUUUACAAAUUCCAGCUUCUAAGAAUUCAUGGGGGAUGGGCCUUCGCUCAGGCAGUGCCAGACCUGUGGAAUUCUCUUCCACAGAGUUUAAAAACCCAGUCUUCAGUGACCAUCUUCAAGGGCAACCUGAAAACAUCCCUGUAUAAGAGUGAUUUUUGACAGACAUUGACUUAUUGUUCAAACAUGUAUUAUAUGUAAUUUUUUGUUGCUCUGAAGCACCUUGAGCAUCUAAUCAAGAUGGAAAGUGCGCUAUACCGUGGUCUAGCGUCCUUUGGCGUUAAUCCGCACUUUGCCACUCUCUACCCUGGUGCUAAAUGGGUACCCGGUAGGAUGCGAAAGAUAUUGUAUGUUUGAUUUUGCCAGCGCCAUAAUGAGGCUGGGAUGAAUGCAAGGAAUGCUCCCCAGGGAGUGGAAAUUGUGCACUUUUCGUGCGGGAUUGAAAUGAAUCCAAUGACCGGGGUAAUAAUAUGCUGUAACGCGCUUUGAGCCAUUCUGGGAAAAGCGCUUUAUAAAAAUUGGCUAUUAUUAGACAAGUCUUAUGAAUUAUUAUGUAUUUGCUUCAGAUACAGUCGAUUUUGCAAAAAAAAAUGAAAUAAAAUAAAGGCUUCAUUGAACGACUCACCGUCCAGGGUUUUAUGCCAUAUAGCCUUGUCAUACCUAUGUGAACAGACGUGAUUAGUAUGCAAUUGUUUGUAGAUAAAUUGACAAAUUUCUUGAUUUCUAUGUUACAAAUUCCCAAAAUUGUAACAUUAUUUGCAAAGAAAAUAUAAGGGGAAGUAUUUAGUGCUUAAAUAGAUAAACUCAAAACUUUAUACAGUAGUUUCAUGAUUUGACUUUUCUCUUAUUCUGCCAUGGCUGCUAUGUCAGGCAAAUCUGUCAAACCAAUGUGCAAAAUGGCAGCAAAUUUGAAUUAGUCAAGAAGUGCUAAAGCUGAAGAAUUAAGCAAUUGACCUGAAAAUGUUAUUUUUGUAGAACUUGUUUUCAAAAAUGCAAACUCACAACUUUGGUAUCCAACUAAAUAAUCACUAAAUACAUCAAAACUAUUUUACAUGUAGUCAUAGAAUUGCUUUUUGAGAAGUGCAAUAAAGUCGAUUUUUAGGCUUGCAAAUUUGGGUAAGUAAUGAAACUGAAAAUUCACGCAACUUACAAUGCCAUAUUCUGGUACUUCAUAGCUUUCCUUUGUUUUGGUUUCUGAUAUGGUCUUGAGAGUAAAGUAAACUUUAUUUCUGAUGAUAUAUUUUCAUCUGUUCAUGAAGUGUUUCAUGCCCCAUUGACAUAAUAUGUAACAAUUUGUGCAGUGAUAAUGUUGAUGAAACCUGUGCAUCUUUAUAUUCAUGCCAAGUCCUGAUAUGUUUUUUUUUACUGCUAAAAAAUUGGGCUACUUAGAGUAAAGACUACCAAAGUCUAGUGGUAAUUUAGAUAUUUCUGUGAGAAGUUCACUUCUCUUUUAUUACAAACUGCAUUGUGUAGAAAAGAUUAUUUUUACAAUCUUUUAACUUAAUUAUAUUUAUAUAGCAUUUGUACAUGUGUAAAUAUUCUCAUAACAGUCUAAAUUGAAUACUUGUGAAAGGCCUAACAGCUCAUAUAAUAAAUUGAUAAAUAAUCUAUUAAUAAAACA